CUCACACACAGCCCGGGCGAAAGCUGCGCCUUUUCUUCUCUCAGACACUCACUCUCACUCAUUCACGGGCGCACACACGAGGCGACGGGCAUAUGUCGAUAUACGCAACAGAUCUGACCGCAGGAAAUCAGCCCCGCGCUUUGUGGAUGUGUGCCAAGCUUUUAAAAAAACAAGCAAACUUUUAUUUAUUUGUAUUCCUUUAUUUAUUUCUGACUCAUUUGCGGAGUUUUUCUCUCUGCGGACGGUGAGCAGCAGCAGCAGCGGAGACGGAGGAUCUAUCAUGACACAUAUCUAAGAGGACGCACAUUCUUUCCCCGGUUUUUUCCCCUCUGUGGAAGUAAUCGACCACAGUGAGCGCGCAGGAGAUGGGGGCGAAAAUGAUCCAAACCAAAGGAAAUCUUUUCUCUUCGGGACUACUCAAGCUUGUGCUUCUGGUCGCGCUCCUGCACGGCGCCUCCGGUAAGACUCUGAAAUAUAAAGUUUACGAGGAGCAGAAAGUGGGCACGGUUAUUGCGCGGCUUAAAGAGGAUGUUUCCGGGGUUUUAUCCAAACUACCGAGUUCUCUGACCUUUCGGUUCCGCGCUAUGCAGCGGGGGAGUACUCCGUUCCUGAACGUCCGGGAGGAGGACGGGGAGAUCAGUAUCGGCACUAAAAUCGACCGCGAGAAGCUCUGUGAGAAAAACUUGAACUGCUCGAUUGAAUUCGACGUGGUCACGCUCCCCACGGAGUACCUGCAGCUGUUCCAUGUGGAGGUGGAGGUGCUGGAUAUUAACGACAACUCUCCGCACUUCUCCCGCGCCAUCGUUCCCAUCGAGAUCUCCGAGAGCGCAGCCGUGGGGACGCGCGUUCCGCUGGACGGCGCCGUGGAUGCAGACGUCGGGGAGAACUCCCUGCACACGUACUCCCUGACAACGAACAACUUCUUUAAGAUCGAGGUGAGGACGCGGACGGACGGAGCCAAGUACGCGGAACUGGUGGUGAUGCGCGAGCUGGACCGGGAGGUGCAGUCCAGCUACCAGCUGCAGCUCACGGCCUCGGAUAACGGCGUGCCCCCGAAGUCUGGCUCCACUCUGAUCAAGAUCAGCAUCUCCGAUUCGAAUGACAACAGCCCCGCGUUUGAGGAGCAGUCGUAUAUCAUCAAUCUGCUGGAGAACUCCCCCCUCGGGACUCUGAUCAUUGAUUUAAACGCCACGGAUCCAGACGAGGGCACUAACGGGAAAAUAGUGUACUCCUUCAGCAGCCACGUCCCUCCAAAGAUCCUGGAGACCUUUAAGAUAAACCAGGAAAAUGGUCACAUCACGCUGAUUAAGAAAGUGGAUUAUGAGAGCGCCGCCUCCUUCGAGCUGGACGUCCAGGCUCAGGAUCUGGGACCUAAUUCCAUCCCCGGACUGUGUAAGAUUGUGGUGAAGGUGGUGGACGUGAACGACAACAAACCGGAGAUAAACAUCAACCUGAUGACGCCCGGCAAAGAGGAGGUGGCCUACGUCUCGGAGGGCGCCCCUGUGGACACCUUCAUCGCUCUGGUGCGCGUGGACGACAGCGACUCAGGGCUGAACGGCGAGGUGGUGUGCAGACUGCACGGACACGGUCACUUCAGACUUCAGAAGACCUACGAGAGGAACUUCAUGAUCCUCACCAACGUGUCUCUGGACCGCGAGAAGAGGUCCGAGUACAGUCUGACCGUCAUUGCCGAGGACCGCGGCUCCCCCAGCCUCUCCACCAUCAAACACUUCACGGUGCAGGUGCUCGACGAGAACGACAACCCGCCGAGCUUCGAGAAGAGCCGCUAUGAGGUCUUCAAGUCGGAGAACAACUCUCCUGGAGCGUACCUGAUGACGGUGGUGGCCUCGGAUCCGGACCUGGGCACCAACGGCCAAGUCACCUACACCGUCAUCGACGCUCUGGUCCAGGGGAGCCCCAUCUCCACGUACGUCACCAUCGACCCGUCCAACGGCGCCAUCUACGCCUUACGCAGCUUCGACCACGAAGACGUCAGCCGCAUCGCGUUCACUAUUCAGGCGCGCGACGGAGGAAACCCGCCGCUGUCGACCAACACCACCGUCCUGCUGACCGUCCUGGAUGAGAACGACAACCCGCCGAUCAUCCACUCCCCCUCCCUCAGGAAUCACACGGCGGAGCUGCCCGUGUGGAAGUAUGCAUCGCCGGGUCAGCUGAUCACCGCCCUCAAAGUCACCGACCGGGACGCCGGCGCCAACGGAGAGAUGAGCUGCGCCAUCAUCGGCGGCAACGAGGACGGACUCUUCGUGAUGGACGCACGCCGAUGUGAGCUCAGGACCAACGCCAGCCUGGAGCAGGCUCCAAGGGACGUGAUGGAGAUCAGGGUGGAGGUGACGGACCGGGGAACCAGCCGGCUGUCCACCACGGCGCUCCUCCGCCUCUCCCUGCAGGAGACCAUGGACAUCCUCCCCCCUCUCUACCCCACCGGCUCCAGCCAGGGUCCCCUGGACCUCUCCCUCAUCGUCAUCAUCUCCCUGGGCGCCGUUUGUGCUCUGCUGCUGGUCGUCAUGGUGAUGUUCGCCACCGCCCGCUGCAGUCGGGAGAAGAAAGACCCCAGGCACAACUACAACUGCCGGGUGGCGGAGAGCAGCUACCAGAACCACCCCAAGAAGCCCGCUAGGCAGAUCCACAAGGCCGACAUCACCCUGGUCCCCACCGUCAACGGGACCCUGCCCGUUAGAGCCCACCCCCGCUCGCCCUCAGCCUCCCCGGCGCCCGACAGAGGGGGCACCCUGGGGAGCAGGCAGAGCCACCACAGCCGCCAGUCCCUCAACAGCCUGGUCACCAUCUCCUCCAAUCACGUCCCGGAGAGCUUUGCUCUGGAACUGGCCCACGCCACCCCUCCCGUCGAGCAAGUCUCACAGCUUCUGUCCAUGCUCCAUCAGGGCCAGUACCAGCCACGACCCAGCUUCAGAGGCAACAAAUACACCCGCAGCUACAGGUACGCCCUGAACGAGAUGGAUAAGUUCAGCCUGAAGGACAGCGGCCGCGGAGACAGUGAAGCCGGGGACAGCGACUACGAGCCCGGCAGGGAGUCCCCCAUGGACCGGCUCCUUGGUGAGGGCUUUACUGAGAUAUAUACCCCUGAUGGCCAGCACAGAACGCAUGCAGCGAUGAGGCUGUGCACAGAGGAGUGUCGGGUCCUGGGUCACUCGGACCAGUGCUGGAUGCCCCCCCUGGCCUCGCCUGCGUCGUCCUCCUCCGACUACCGCAGCAACCUCUACAUCCCCGGGGAAGAAGCCCGCCAAGCCACCGAGCUGUCCCAGGAGAAGACCCCCCAGCCCUGCACUGACGCCGGCCCCGCCCGCAACCAGAGCUUCUCCACCUUCGGCAAGGAUCUGUGCAGCGAGGACGGCGACGAGGAGGAGGGGGGUCAGGACAGGAGGGGAGAUGCCGGCGAUGAAGACCUGUGUGGGACCACGUCGCUGCUGUCCGAGAUGAGCAGCGUGUUCCAGCGGUUACUUCCUCAGGGUCUGGAUUCGUACGUCCAGGUCAAUGAGACCCAGAAGGCGACCAGUCUGAGCGGAGUGGGGGUUCCUAUGACCGGAUCUUUAGACCGCAGGAGAGGCCACCUCCCCGGAAAAUCUAACCCCUCCGUCCACCAGCAGGGCGUCGCAGCCUGGGCUGCCAACACCCACUUCCAGAACCCGGGGAGCAGCAUCGGCCCAUCAGGACACCACCAGGGGGGCAGCUACCACACCCUGAAACCCAGCACCAAACUGGGCUCGCAGAGCGGCUGCCAUAAGGGCUCGCAGGCACCCAAAAACAGCCCCCAGAACAGCGGCCACGCCCCCAAACCCCACAGCAGCCCCCUGCUGACGGCGCUUGUCAGCCCCACUCUGGUGCAGCCCGCCCCGGCUCCGGUGCAGGUGUCGGUGCCGCUCCCCGGGCCCUCCUCCAAGUGGCUGCCGGCCAUGGAGGAGAUCCCCGAGAACUAUGAGGAGGACGAUUUUGACUCGGUGCUCAGCCACCUUCAGGGCAAACGCAGUGACAGCCGACACGAGCUGGUGGACGCCAGCGAGCUGGUGGCCGAGAUCAACAAACUGUUACAGGACGUCCGGCAGAGCUAGACGUCCUGCUUCUUAAUUUAUUAUUCACUGCUCACUGACUGAGACGGCGAAAAAGAAACGUGAAGUAUGAACCAAGACGAAAAACAAGACGUGCAAGUGUCGUUAAAGUUGCAUUUCUAAUGUAAUAACUGUGUUUUGUGAAUGCUAAAUAUCCAAAAAUGUUUGUUAUUGCUGGUUUGGUACACAAUGUACACUAUGUGACUGUAUUUAUCUUUGUAUUUUAAAAAUACAUUUGUAUUCUUAUAUUUAUAAAAAAAAGUGUAAAUACGUUAAUCAGAAGUCUAUUUUUAUAUUUAUGAUGCAUGUUGAGUACACGUGGAAUCAAACUUUGACAUGCGAUCGACAUUCUUACUAUUUAAACUGUCUUUUGUAUCGUGCUUCUUUUUGAUUGGUCACGAUGAUGAUAUGUAAACAUCACUAUAUUCACUCGUCUUUGUGGAUUCUUGUGGAGGGAGAGGGGUGGCACACAAUAAAAAGUAAUAUACUCAUC